CUCCUCCUCCUCUUCCUCCUCCUCCUCCUCCUCCUCCUCCUCUUCCAGCUCAGGUUGCAGCUUCUCCCGGGAGCCGCUCACCUUUCCGGAGCAGGGGAAGCAGCCCCGAACCCGGGCAGGGACCCGGCAGGGCGCAGGACACGGUGCCCAGCCCCGCGGCCCCAGGACGCACGCGAAGCCCUCCUUUCCUUGCCAUUGGGGAUCCCCUCAAGAACCAGGGCUGCUUCUCAAAGCCCAGGAGGUCAACAUGGCUGUUCUUCCCUAGGUCUUGGCAAGAUCCAGUACCUGGAAGCAGGACCUGCUGCCUGGUCCUGCUGACAAUGAACAUGAUGAAGAACUUUAAGCGUCGCUUUUCCCUAUCUGUGCCCCGCACCGAGACUAUUGAGGAGUCCUUGACUGAGUUCACAGAGCAGUUCAACCAGCACAAUGAGGACCUGCAGCUUGGUCCUCUUGGCGGAGACCCCCAGCCAGAGUCCAGCACCUUCUCUCCCUCAGACAGUGGGGAGGAGCCCCGGCAGCCGUCCCCUGGCAUGCAGUACCGGCGACAGAGCCAGCGCCGCUUCUCCAUGGAGGACAUCAGUAAGAGGCUCUCUCUGCCCAUGGACAUCCGGCUGCCCCAGGAAUUCCUGCAGAAGCUACAGUUGGAGAACCCAGACCUGCCCAAACCGCUCAGUCGCACGUCCCGCCGAGCAUCCCUGUCAGAUAUCGGCUUUGGGAAACUGGAAACAUAUGUGAAACUGGACAAACUGGGGGAGGGUACCUAUGCCACAGUCUUCAAGGGGCGCAGCAAACUGACAGAGAACCUCGUGGCCCUGAAGGAGAUCCGGCUGGAGCAUGAGGAGGGGGCGCCCUGCACUGCUAUCCGAGAGGUGUCUCUACUGAAGAACCUAAAGCACGCCAAUAUUGUCACCCUGCAUGACCUCAUCCAUACGGAGCGGUCCCUCACCCUGGUGUUUGAGUACCUGGACAGUGACCUGAAGCAGUACCUGGACCAUUGUGGAAGCCUCAUGAGUAUGCACAAUGUCAAGAUUUUCAUGUUCCAGCUGCUCCGGGGCCUUGCCUACUGCCACCGCCGCAAGAUCCUACAUCGGGACCUGAAACCCCAGAACCUGCUUAUCAACGAGAGGGGGGAGCUGAAGCUGGCUGACUUUGGACUGGCCCGGGCCAAGUCAGUCCCCACGAAGACCUACUCCAACGAGGUGGUGACUCUGUGGUACAGGCCCCCCGAUGUUCUGCUGGGGUCCACAGAGUACUCCACCCCCAUCGAUAUGUGGGGCGUGGGCUGCAUCCACUACGAGAUGGCCACAGGGAGGCCCCUCUUCCCCGGCUCCACGGUCAAGGAGGAGCUGCACCUCAUCUUCCGACUCCUCGGAACCCCUACAGAAGAGACGUGGCCCGGAGUGAUGGCCCUGUCGGAGUUCCGUUCCUACAGCUUCCCGCAGUACCUACCCCAGCCUCUCAUCAGCCACGCUCCCAGGUUGGACACUGAUGGCAUCAACCUCCUGACCAGCCUCCUCCUGUAUGAAUGGAAGAGUCGCAUGUCAGCAGAGGCAGCCCUGAACCACCCAUACUUCCGGUCUCUGGGAGAGCGUGUACACCAGCUUGAAGACACUGCCUCCAUCUUCUCCCUGAAGGAGAUCCAGCUCCAGAAGGACCCAGGCUACCGGGGCCUGGCCUUUCAACAGCCAGGACGAGGGAAGAGCCGAAGACAGAGCAUCUUCUGAGCCAUGCUCACCCUGCUUUGGCCAAAAGGAGGAGAGGACACACUGAGCACAACUGCAGGCAGGGCGUGGCCUGUGCGGCCCUCGGAGGACUGAGAAAUGAGGGCUAAGGCCGGCUCAGAAGACCCCUUGCAGCCCUGCUGGCCACAGCUGUUUCCUGACCCUGCUUUCCACAUGCCUCCCUGGUGGACUUGGCCUGGAUUCCGACCCCUCCAUCGCCUGCCCUGGGCUGGCCCUGAGCUCUUUCCCUGGGAGGAGGUGAGGGGGUAGGGAGGGACUUCGGACCCUUUUUCACCCUGAAGUCCUUGGGCACCAGUGUGGGACCGAAAGGGACAGGAGAAUCCAGCCGCCAGGUUGAGCACUGUGCCCUGGACACAGGGACCACCAUACCUCCCCCGGGGACCUGCCUGCCUCACUAGUCUGGUAGAGCCCCUGACAGGCACCUUUCACCUUCCCCUCUGUGAGCAGGAAGUGAAGUGACAUGGCACCUUUUCCACGUCCUCGGAAUCCUGGGUGCCAAUGUAUGUGCCAAAGCCCACCCCUUUCCUGAGGGGUGGGUGUCCCUGGAGCAACAGGGGGAAUAGUAGUCACAUCUCCUCUUCUCAUCAUCCCACCCUCUUCCCAUUCCCCACUCCUCACCAGAGGCCCCACGUGCUGCUGGAUGCCCAGCUGAGUCCAGAGGUGGCCUGGUACUGCCAGCUGUACUCCUUCCACCUCAGCUGGCUCCCACCAUCUGAAUGGUAUUGCCUUAAGUUGGUAGGUGGUAGAGCACUCACUGCCCUUGGAGCUCUGACCCAAGCUCCUACCUGUCCACGCUUUCUGAGAGUGGCUCCUGCUUGUCACACCUGAGUACUGAUAAGCUAGCUCUGGGCCAGGGCCCUGAGGACAGCACCCAGAUAUGCAGGGUCACCCUGACACGGGUGCCAGGCUGGCCUCAGCUCCUUGGGGCUGGUGCAGCCUC